GUGGUGUUCAAGUACACUGGGUACUAUGGCUGAACGACGUCCAUCCUUCCGAUUCCUAACUUACACCAUUGACCACCUGAGAGUCUCCUAAGGCUUCCUCACAAAACACUUUCAGCUCAUGCGACACAAUAAUGAACAAGCGAGCAUCAAGAUCCAGAAAUGGAUGCAUCAGGUGUAAGGAGCGGCGAUUGAAAUGUGACGAGACGCGGCCAUCAUGUCACCAAUGCGAACGUCGCAAAAUGUCUUGUCCUGGUUAUCGAUCAACUGUGAGAUGGUCUGAUAAGUAUGAGAUCUUCAAGGUCAAUCAACAACCCAACGAGAAGAAGUCAACCUCGUCAAGCACAUCAUCCAGGCACACACAAUCGCAGAUCCAACCAUCACAACCACCACAUCCACCACCACGGCCGUCGUCUCAUAACGCUGACUUUCCUGCUGGAGGACAUGGUAUACAGCUCGUGACCAGUGUUUCUCCGAUCUCUGUGAUGCAGGACUGCCCAACCAUCCACAAUCGAUCUCUCCUUGAUAUCGAAGCUGGUCACAAUACGCUGACCUCGAGACCGGUCGACUUCACACACAGCCAUGUCAAUACGAUCGACAUGGGCUUCGAGGCUCAGAUGGGCGAUAGUACCGGUAUAGACUUCGAGGACUUUGAACUGGUCCAUCAAGAAUUCUGGCACGAUUUGUCUAUCCCAUGGUCACUGGAUUCGCCUGGGCAAGCUUUGUCGGAGCCUACUCCUACUGCUCUCUCUCAAACCUGUGCCAUGUCGUCUUCAACAAACGCGCCCCAGGCACCGGCUGAUGAUCCUCACAUCGACAGUCUCGCCGAAGGGAACGAAGAUGCUCGGAUCUUGCUGCGACACUAUUUCGAGAAUGUCUGCCGUAUCAACUCGGUAUUCGACACUGCCGACAAUCCAUUCCGGUACCUGGUUCUGCGCUAUAUCAAAUCCUCUUCACUGAUCCGCAACUGCGUUCUCAGCCUGGCACUUGUCCACCGGAUGCAAAGCGACCAACAAAAUAUGCACCGCAAGGUCGUGAGAUAUCAUUCUGCAGCAUUACAGUGUCUCUCGGCGGCCAUCGAGAACCUCGACGCGCAAGAAUCGAAUAUUGAAUGUCACUCGAAUCGCUCGGGGUCCCCCUCGAACUACCUCGAGCGAUUACAGGAAGCGCUACUUGGCGUCCUGCUGCUUUGCAAUUCCUCGUCAUGGCUAGAUCCCGAAGAUAUCGGCAUCGGCCAUCUUUUGAGCGCCCGCCAACUGUUCGGCAAAUGGCUACAUGCACAUCGUGACAGUGAUAUCUCCACCAUCACCACCAGCCGUGAAGCGAGUUUCAUCGUCGGUGCCAUGGCUUACAUGGAGACGGUGGUGGCGUUUGUACUGGAUCAGCCUCUCAAUGCCGCCGACUACUUGGAGCCUUUCUGCCAUCAAUCGAAUGAUAUCCCCAUCUAUCCGAACCCAUGGACUGGAGUCAGCACCCCCAUCUUCAUCACCAUGGCACGUGUUGGCAUAUGCGUAAGGCAAAGACGAGCAAUAUCCAACCUGAAAGCGCUGGGUUGGUCUCAGAAUACGUAUGAUACGAUGCUGAACGAUGUGUUUGAAAAGGUGAAGCGAAUCGAGAGUGAUGCUCUCCUCUACGAGCCUCCAGCACGAGGCCGAAUCAAGGACCAGAAAGCGUCGGAGAAUGUACUCGCAGAAUUGGAAUGCCUAGCUUAUACCUACAAGCUGGCCUCCUUGCUGGAGCUAUAUCGCAGCUUUCCGGAACUAGGGUCUAAGGGCAAGAUAGACCAUGGUGAACAUGUUCCCUGGAACGCCGAUUCAUCCGCGGUAAUGGCACCUCCUCCUCAGGGAAAGUUGACUGACGCGCCUGACUCGGAUCCCGAUGAACAUCGGAGACUGAUCUACGACAUUGCAAUCAACUUGCUAGGGCUCCUGAAAGCCACUGCAGAGCGCCAGGCGACGAGCUUGAUCCACACCCUGGCCUUGCUGAUCAGUGGCAGUGCGUUAUAUCACCGUCAACCCAAUCCCCAGCAACAACAACAAUCUGACGACAAAACCUCCUUGCGAGGAAGAGUCACCCAGGUCCUCUCCAUCAUCAACAUGCGACCAAAAGUCGUGGAUCGCUGGCGCUCAUUCGUUCGAGAUCGCGUUCGAUCAAACGCCGAUUUCGUGGGGUUGGAAUCGUUCAAAAAGGUCGAGACACUGUUGGAGGAGGUCUGGUCCAGGUUGGAUGAUCCUUCGCUUAAGCGAUCACGGGUGUCGUCGGUCAGUGCAGCCAAGGAUCAAUCUGCAGCACAUUGGUUGGAUGUCAUGACCGAGUGCCAUCUUGAGACCAUCUUCGGUUAGAAAUCAUGGAGACGGUUGAGAAAUGGUCAGGAGACGGAGAUGUACACAGUGGUGUAGAAUCUACUCUCCGCCUGGACCUAGCGCUGCUGAUAUGAGGGGAGUCAAUCGCCUAUCUCUGUUCCACUUGCAAGUGGAACUCCAAACGAAGCUUAUGAAGCUUAUCUGUCUCUUGCAAGUGGAAACUACUACCUGUGGCAUGUACUCCAUGGUUCGAGAGUCCUUUGCAAAGCAUGGGGGAAUCCGAGGGAGUGCAGUGCUUUGACCUCCCGCACGGAGUAGCGCAAGGCACCGAUAACCAGCCCUUGAUAGUGACUGUGAACCCAGCCAGAUCAGAUGCCAG